AUGGUGUCUUCUCCGAGAAGGGAUCAAGGGGUCAAGGAGCGUCUGUUGCUCUCGCUUCUGUUCCUCGCAGCCUGGCAGGCGGGGAGCGGCCAGCUGCACUACUCGGUCCCCGAGGAGGCCAAACACGGCACCUUCGUGGGCCGCAUCGCGCAGGACCUGGGGCUGGAGCUGGCGGAGCUGGUGCCGCGCCUGUUCCGGGUGGCGUCCAAGGAGCGCGGGGACCUUCUGGAGGUAAAUCUGCAGAAUGGCAUUUUGUUUGUGAAUUCUCGGAUCGACCGGGAGGAGCUGUGCGGGCGGAGCGCGGAGUGCAGCAUCCACCUGGAGGUGGUCGUGGACAGACCGCUGCGGGUUUUCCACGUGGAGGUGGAGGUGAUGGACAUUAACGACAACCCGCCGGUGUUUCCCACGGCAGUAAAGACUAUCCGGUUUCCGGAAUCUAGGCUGCUUGACUCAAGAUUUCCUUUAGAGGGAGCAUCUGACGCGGAUAUCGGAGUAAAUUCUCUUCUCUCCUACAAGCUUACCUCCAGUGAGUUUUUCUUUCUAGACAUACAGACAAAUGAUGAACAAAGCCAAUCUUUGUUUCUUGUACAAGGGAAAUCUCUGGAUAGAGAGGAUACUGCUGAAAUUAAUCUGUUACUGGUAGCUACUGAUGGAGGCAAACCUGGGCUCACAGGCACUGUUUGCAUACUUAUUAAGGUAUUAGAUGUGAAUGACAAUGAACCGACUUUUGACCGCUCAGUUUACAAAGUACAGUUGUCUGAGAACACUACAAAUGGAACCCUAGUGAUUAAAGUGAACGCUUCUGACACAGAUGAAGGAUCAAACAGCGAGAUUGUGUAUUCACUCAGUAGCGAUGCCUCCUCCAAUGUACACAUGAAGUUCAAAAUAAAUCCGAGUUCUGGAGAAAUCAGAACUAGGGGGAAAUUAGAUUAUGAAGAAACGAAAUCCUAUGAGAUUCAGGUCAUUGCAUCUGAUAGAGGAACUCCAUCAAUGUCAGGACACUGUAAAAUCUCAGUAAAACUUGUGGAUAUAAAUGAUAACACACCAGAAGUCUCAAUAACGUCUCUCUCACUUCCUAUCCAAGAGAAUGCGCCACUGGGCACCGUCAUCGCCCUCAUUUCAGUGUCUGACCGUGACUCAGGUAUCAAUGGACAAGUAACUUGUACCUUGACACCUCACAUUCCCUUCAAACUGGUGUCCACCUUCAAGAAUUAUUAUUCACUGGUGCUGGACAGCACCCUAGACCGUGAAAUCUUUUCAGAUUAUGAAGUGGUGGUGACUGCACGGGAUGGGGGCUCUCCUCCGCUGUCGGCCUCCGCCACCGUGUCCGUCGAGGUGGCUGACGUGAAUGACAACGCGCCUGUGUUCGCGCAACCCGAGUACACGGUGUUCGUGAAGGAGAACAACCCGCCAGGCUCCCACAUCUUCACGGUGUGUGCGCGCGACGCGGACGCGCAGGAGAACGCGCUGGUGUCCUACUCGCUGGUGGAGCGGCGCGUGGGCGAGCGCGCGCUGUCGAGCUACGUGUCUGUGCACGCGGAGAGCGGCAAGGUGUUCGCGCUGCAGCCGCUGGACCACGAGGAGCUGGAGCUGCUGCAGUUCCAGGUGAGUGCGCGGGAUUCUGGAGUGCCUUCCCUGGGGAGCAAUGUGACUCUGCAGGUGUUUGUGCUGGAUGAGAAUGACAAUGCUCCUGUGCUGCUGGGCCUUGGGGCAGGUGGUGCAAGCAACGUGGUGAGUGAGCUGGUGUCGCGGUCAGUGGGUGCUGGCCACGUGGUGACGAAGUUGCGUGCAGUGGACGCAGACUCUGGCUACAACGCGUGGCUGUCUUAUGAGCUACAGCCGGCUGAAGGUGGCGCACGUAACCCAUUUCGAGUGGGUCUGUAUACAGGCGAGAUCAGCACGACCCGCGCCCUGGAUGAGGAGGAUGAGCCACACCAGCGCCUGCUGUUGCUUGUGAAAGACCACGGGGAGCCUGUGCUGACGGCUACCGCCACCGUGUUGGUUUCUUUGGUGGAAAACGGUCAGGCACCAAAGGUUUCAUCGCAGGCUUCUGCAGGGGCUUCUAGGCUGCAGGAGGCUCUGGUAGAUGUCAACGUGUACCUGAUCAUCGCCAUCUGCGCGGUAUCCAGCUUGUUGGUGCUCACACUUGUGUUGUACUCGGCGCUGCGUUGCUCAUUGGUGUCCAGUGCAGGCGCGAGUGGGCCCGGGAAGCCCACACUAGUGUGCUCGAGUGCAGUUGGGAGCUGGUCAUACUCGCAGCAAAGGAGGCAGAGAGUGUGCUCUGGGGAGGGCGCGCCCAAGAUGGACCUCAUGGCGUUCAGCCCUAGCCUACCUCAAGGCCCAGACACCACAGAAGAAAGACAACAGUCCUCAGAAUCAGAAUAUCUAGGAAAGGUAGGUCUCUUAGGCAUCUUUGGGAUUACAAAUAUAAAUUUCUUGGACCGAGACAACGACCAAAAAGUGCUCACAACAGUUGGUGCUCAAUGUGGCCAGAACGCACGACCUUCUCAACACAACGACCAGUAA